AUGGCUCCCGCGCAACCAGAACUCAAGAAGUAUCUUGACAAGCGUCUCUUCGUCCAGCUCAACGGCAGCCGCAAGGUCAUUGGCGUCCUGCGCGGAUACGAUGUCUUUUUAAACAUUGUAAUGGACGAUGCGGUCGAGGAGAAGGAUGGCGGUGAGAAGGUCAAGCUCGGCAUGGUGGUCAUUCGCGGAAACUCAGUUGUCAUGCUUGAAGCGCUCGAGAGAAUUGGCGGCGACGACAGGGGAGGACACCGCGGCUAA